CCUUCAGAUCCCUCCUCCACUUCAUUUCUCCUCAGUAGAUAAAGCUCCUUCCAUCAUUUGCGUUAAGAUUCUCACUUUCCUUCUUUUUAUCCGAACUUAGCAACCAGGAACCUUUCAUUUGUUUCUGCAACCAUGGCCAUGUCCAUCUUAGCAGGGUUAGAGGUUCAGAAGCAGCAACGUUUGGAUGAACUGGCCCAGGCCGUGGUCUUCCCUCUGAAGAAAGGGCUCCUUUCCUUCACAGCUGUGAUGGAGAUGCUCCUUCACAUGCCUGCAGACCCCUACGGUAUUAUAACGCAAGAUGACAGUAAAAUCAGAAGAGAGAUCAAAAAUAUGGAUUUCUACAUGAACUCGUCACAGAAGGUAGCAGUACACGCACUUGAGGGAAUUGAUAGAGAGACAGAGGAACUGACUGCAGAGCUGGGCGUAUUAACAAAUCAGAAAAAGAAAAGUGAAAGUGAGUUAAGGAACUUGAGACAAAGCUUGCAGUCACAUGAAUCCUCAUUAACGAAUUACAAGAACAGUCUGGAGAUCGAGGAGAGAAACCUGAAAUCAGCAAGAGACACAUUAAAUAAGAUGAACGAAAGAGGAGCCAGAGGAGCAGCAGUUACUGGUGUUGGUGUUGGUCUGAUGGUCAUCCCAAUUGCUGGGUGGAUUGUAGGGGGAGCUUUAGUUGGUGUUGGUGUACACGAGAUGAUAGAGGCCUCUAAAGCGGUGGACACAGCUCUAGAGGAGGUGAAGAACUGUAAAUCUCAGAUCGAGUGCUACUCCAAUAAAGUGGCAGAGUACAGGUCAAAUAUCUCCGAAGCCAAGGACAAUAUUGAGAGUGUUGACAAACUGAUUGACAAAUCAGAAAAAAAACUGCGAGCUACAUCUCUGGUGAGAAAUUUAAUUGCUAACGUUCAAGGUCAAUUCAGACACGCCAUCGUUCAGCUGGAACAGUUGUGUAACGUCAGCAGUGCUGCAGAGCUGCAAACCCGAUACUCAAUCGUGGUGGAGCCUUUGAUAGAUGUGAUGCAGAACAUGACAACAGCACUGCGUCAGAUCACCAGAACUGACCUACUGUACUCAGAAGGCAUCAGUUACUUGAUGGACAAGAUACAGAGGAACCACAACAGACUUGUAGAACAACAGCGUAACUCCAUUCGUUUUCGUGUGGUUUCAGAUGAUUCAGACGGUGAAUUUGAUUAUUAUUAAUCUAUUUCCUCUUCUUGGUUUAAUACUGAGAUUUCAUAAACACCAUGGAUUAUAAGUUUUGACACAUUUCAUUCAGAUCGCUCUCUUUUUUUUAUAAUAAUACAAAUGAUCUGUAAAAAGUUAAAGUAACAGCAUUGUAGACACAGUAUUUACAAGGUGAGAUACAAGUAUCAAAGUGACCAUUUCCACUAAGGAAUAAAUUGACUGAAGUUGUGUACAUAGAACAAAAUUAAAAUACCAAAAAGGAAACCACAUUGUUUCUCUAGGAUCCGAGGUUCAACUAUUGGUCGAAUUCUCCUCUCUAAUACCCUGGAAUAGACUUUCCCCGGCAGGCUGAGGAGUGUUAUUCCUCGGUAGUUGUUACACAACCUCCACUACCCCGGUCUGCCAGUCGAGAGCCUCUGUCCCCGACUGCCACACAAUGUUGCAGAGACGUGUCAGCCAAGACAGCCCUGUGACAUCCAGAGACUUGAGGUACUCAGGGUGGAUCUCAUCUACCCCCGGUGCCCUGUCACCAAGUAGCUUUUUGACCACCUCAGUGACUUCAGCACAGGAGAUGGGUGGGUCAGCCACCGGGUCCUCAGCCUCUGCUUCCUCUGCAGAAGGCGUGUCAGUGGAAUUGAGGAGCUCCUUGAAGUAUUCCUUCCACCGCCUGACAACAUCCCCAGUCGAGGACAACAGCUCCCCACAUUCAUUGAAAACAGUGUUGGCGGGACGGUUUGCCAGAAUUUCUUCGAGGCCGACUGAUAGUCUUCCUCCAUGGCCUCCCUGAACUUUUCCCAGACCUGGAUUUCUGCUUCUGCGACCACCUGAGCUGCAGUCCGCUUGGCCAGCCUGUACCUGUCAACUGUCUCAGGAGUCCCCCAAACCAACCAGGCGCGAUAGGACUCCGCCAGGAUUUCCGCCACGACAGGCACCGGAGACCUUACGGCCACAGCUUCGUACAGCCGCGGUAACGAUGGAUAAGGAGAACAUGGUCCAUUCGGAUUCAAUGUCUCCAAUCUCCCUCGGGACCUGGUUGAAGCUCUUCUGAAGGUGGUAGUUGAAGACCACAGGGAAUUCUGCAAGACGCUCCCAACAGACCCUCACGAUAGGACUAAGACUAGAUGUCCUAGGAUUGGGCCGUCGGGGUCCCCGCCCACGACCACCACUCAAUUCAAAAUGCACCCCUUGUGGACCUUCCUGCGGGUGGUGGGCCUGCUGAAAGGUGGGCUCACGUCUCUUGUUCCGGCUGAGCUUGGUCGGGUCCCGCGAGCCCCAACCCCGGGCCUGGCUCCGGGGUGGGUCCCUGGUGGCAUCGAUCCGGGCGACGUGAACUUCUUUGGUAGUUUUGUUUUCAUCAUCAAGGGAGGGGUUUGAACAUUUUUAAUAUCUACUCGUUAAUAAACUGUGUUAAAAAACAAACCACAUAACAAAACACAACAGACUGUACUUUACUUUUUUGCAGUUUUGUUAUGCUCAGUGUACCACGUGAUUUCUGAGAAGCCGCCCGGUUUACACUCAGGCAAAGCUGUGCACCCCAGCUAAAACAUGUACUUCCCUUAAUAUUCGGUUACUGUUAAUGAGGGGAAAUCCGUUAAGAAACUCUAUCGUCAGAUGCAUGAUAAACAACAUAGUUGUAAAUGUAUCUUAUCUGCUGUCUGUGCACAACACAAGGCUUAUCUGAAGGUGGAAACCAAAAGUGAAAGUUGUUUCACUACAAUAAAAAAUGGGACGGGCGCAGAGCCAUAAAGAUGUUAUGAUAAGAUAAGUCCGUCAUUAGCCCCAGGAAGGGGACAUUCAAUGUGUCCACAGCAGAAAAGUACAUUGCAGAUUAUAAAGGAAAUAUCGAAGUGAAAAUAUGAAAUAAUUGCAGUGACAUUUUUUCACCCAGUAAUGGGACAGAGAGAAAACAUGUUUGCCUUCAUGACCACAUGCUGUUGUUGUUGUUUAUGAAAAACAAACAUUAAAAAAAAUUGAGACUUU